AUGGCUUUUGCUAUUUUCCGCCAUGGAUGGUCAGAGGUUUGGAUCAGAAUUGGUGGCAUGCGGGUGGAGCAUUUAUUGUCGGAUUGUGGGUCAUUUUUAAGUGAUUUUUUGUUUGUCUCGUCAGUGUCCGAAGGGGGAGUAGACAUGGUAUCAUUAGAAUCAGAAUACUCAGAUCCGUCCACAGAAACGGAACGAGAACGGUUGUUGCUGUUAGUGGUAUUAUCCGUAUCCGGAAUUGAUGAACAAUUGGUGGCCAUGGCCAGCUUCUUCAGAGUUAUUGAAUUUUCAGGAGGUGAGACAGUGCUGGAUUGGCUUGCUUUGCGUUUUUUCGAUGUGGUAGGUAAGUCUUUAAGGCAUGAGUAA